CUAUAAAUAGCUGGACUCUACUCUUAUUUUUCUUGUACAGUUGUUGAAGUUGUAGGCAUACGAGAAGUGCUUGCUUAGAGAUGGAGUACAGCAGAUUGGUGAAGGCUGAGGCUGCCCUUAGGUUCCUUGCAAUUGUGUUAACAAUGGCAACCGCUGUCUUGAUUGGCACAACCAAGGAAACAGAGAUGGUCUUCGGCGUUAUCAAAGAGACUGCGAAUGUCCAUUCACUGCAAGCUUUGGUGGUCUUGCUGGUCACACAUUCCAUAGCUACGGGGUAUCUUUUGGCACAGUUAUGCAAAGCCUGCCUACUCGCACGCAGUAAGACCAGCCUUAAGUCCAGGCCUAGCAAGGGUUUGGCGUGGAUUAGCUUCUCCAUGGACCAGGUGAUGGCAUAUGCUACGUUUUCUGUGACUACUGCUGCAACCCAGGGCUGUUACUUUGCGGUGUCAGGACAGACACAGUUCCAGUGGAUGAAACUCUGCAACAUCUACACCAGGUUCUGCGACAAAGUGGCUGCUGCUCUCCUCUUUGGGUUGGCAGCCUCCUUCCUCUUAGCCGUGGUUUCUUGUAUAUCGGCCUACAACGUUUUCAGGUUGUACCCUUGCAAGCGGCCCAUUGCCGUCAAAGGAUGACUCAAUGUAAAUUGUGAAGAUGAGAAUGGUGUUGCUCAUCAGUUAGCAAAUAGCAAGAAUAUGUGGUCAUAGCUUUCCGAUGCUUGAGUGUACUAGCUGGAUGAUGUUAGGACCUGCUGUUUGACCGAUGACUGUUAAUAGUAAAGAACCUGUUUUCUUUUU